AUGUCCUGCGGAACGAAAAAAGUUUCCUACAAAAUUUGUCGUUGCGCGUGCAAAUGGAAUUGCAAUUGUUUAAUUCCACAGGAGAAAAAAUCUUUUCCUGCUUUCGGUAGCAGCGCGAAACGAGAUGUGAGAAUAGGGUUGCAUCCAAAAAUGUACAAAGGUUCAACAAUAGACUCACCAGCGGUAGGAUUGUACAAUCCAAAAUUUCCUUUUAAAUGCAAACGUCCAAGCAUAAGUUGGAAGAGGCAGAUAGAAACGAAAGAAUUCUCGUUGACGAUGGGAGGAAGAUACGAGGGAAAAUUGAAGGAGCAAAGGGAACAGUUGAAAGUAGGUCGUGGUCCGGGAACCCACGAGAUCCUUCAAUGGCCCGACGACGUGCUGCAAAAACCUUGCAAGACAACGAAAAGAAACGUUGGAUUUGGCGGAAUUGUUCCCCUUUUCCAACCUUCUUGGCCAUCCGUUACUCCAGGACCAGGAUACUCAAAGUAUUAUCCUUAUUAUUACAUCGACAAGAGGGAACGCGAGGGUGCAUCCUGCGUUCCAACAUUCGAGUACGAUGGUUUGUACCCAAGAUCCACGAUCGAAGUUAAACCUUGGUCGUUGCCCUGCAUCUUAUACAAGGUGAAAGAUGCAAGGACGUUGGAUGCUUUUUUAAAGAAAGUCGUUGGAAAGAGGGGCCCCUACGAUUUGUUCACAGGUUGGCUAGGAUGA